UGCAUGAGCUAUCUGAAUAAUGAGAUCCAGCAAUUUAUCCCCCUUGUGAUUUGACUUAUUUCCGAUGUGUGCAUAUUUAUGAAGACAAUUUAAGACUCCACUCUAACAUUUUAUUUGUAAUACUUCUAUUAUAGUUCGAGUAAUCCGGGAUUUCUUCCCGAAGCGGAUUCUCGCUUUUGUUUUUCACUGUUUUUAAUGAGAGUCCAGAGAGUUGAGUUGUUAUGCCAAAAAUAGCGGGUUUCCACGACUCAGCUUAUUUUUGGUACCUUGAUGACAAGCCGUCGAAAAUUCAUAUUUAUGCCACUUUGUCCAAGGUUCGAAAACACAGUAAACCAAACUUACUGUCUGAAAACUGCAUUUUAAAAUGUGUGCCUCGCAAACAUGUGAAAAGAGCCAAACCCUGGGGCCAUGUGGAGAAAUGUAUGAGCUCCAUGCAGAUGGGGACCCAGAUGGUGAAGCUCCGCGGCGGCUCAAAGGGACUGGUGCGGUUCUUCUAUCUUGACGAACACAAGUCCUGCAUCCGCUGGAGGCCCUCGCGCAAGAAUGAAAAGGCCAAGAUCUCCAUUGACUCUGUCCGGGAGGUGUGUGAGGGGAAGCAGUCUGAGAUCUUCCAGCGCUAUGCGGAGGGCAGCUUUGACCCCAACUGCUGCUUCAGCCUCUACUAUGGAGAGCAUAUGGAGUCCCUGGACCUGGUGUCCAGCACUGGAGAGGAGGCGCGUACCUGGAUCACAGGCCUCAAAUAUCUGAUGGCAGGCAUCAGUGAUGAGGACAGCCUGGCCAAGAGGCAACGCACCCGAGACCAAUGGCUGAAACAGACCUUCACCGAGGCUGAUAAGAACGGCGACUGCAGCUUAAGCAUCAGCGAGGUGAUGCAGCUCCUGCACAAACUCAAUGUCAAUCUGCCCCGACAGAAGGUCAAACAGAUGUUCAAGGUAUGGAAACAACAAGGGCAGAGCCACAUCAGGGCCUUCACAGCAGAGAACAUGGUGGUGACAGUUGGGAGGAUAAUUGUGUUAGGGGAGCCAGUUUUGACGUUCUUUGUGAGAUUGACAGUGAUGCUUUUGUUUUGUUUUUGUCAGGCCAGAGCAGUCAGCGGUAUAAAAGGGCUGUUUCACAGAAACCCAAAGCAGGCUUCCCUGGACAGCCAUGCUGCUGCACAGCACGGCCGUAAGCACCCGUUCGGUGCCCACCUCCUGCGCCGCACUGCCAGCGCACCCACCAAAGGCCAGCCCAAAUUCAAGAAGGGCUUCCCAGAGAUCGCCAUCGACAACAAAGACUACAGCUCAGAGGGCGCUAGUGAAGAACGAGAGUCUGAGGACAGGGAAAAGGCCUCUGCUGCUGCCUCUCACCAGCCCACACCACCACAAAUCCGCAACAGGGAACCACUGGCAUCUCACCAAGCCAAGGGCCCUUGGGAACGUCCUGACACCAAUGGGGCAUUUCACCAUGAGGAGGGUAAAGAUUGUUCCACUGUGCAGAAACCAGCUCCUCUUGCACUAAACUCUGACGAAGCCAGAAACACUUGCGUCAUCUGCUCCUUCUCCACUCCAGAAGACCGUCUGUCUUUACAUCACUCCUCAUCUACACCACUAUCCUCAGCAUCCACAGCAAUAAAUGCAGAUUCCCUAUUGGCCAUUCCUUCAAAUGGGGUGGUAUGCAGUCCUAUCAAGGUGAGUGGAGAGCAUAUGAAACCAUCUACCCUUUCCAGAACCACGUCACUCCCUCUGACAAACCGUUCUGAGAAGACUGUACCAUUGCAGUGUAGUCAAGACAUCCAGACCAAGAGAGGCACUCAAUUAUUCAUGGAGCACUCACCAAAACAGAAGGAAAACCAAGAAAAAGUGACUGAAAAGAAAAAUGAUAGAGUAGAGUUUAAGUCUGGCCACAGAGUGAAGCCUUCUGCUGUAGCUGUGUCCACUGAAGCCCCUGUGGUCCCUGCAGUUGAGACAUCCCAGGCCAGGAGAGCACUUUUUAACUAUCAUCCAUCACACACACAAGUACGAAGAACCAAAAGUGAGGGCCAUGUUCUGGUGGCUGUAUCCUCAAAUGGGCAGGCCCAGUCAGCAGUACCAGAGGUCUGCACGGAUGCUACCAUGAACGACCGCCUUUGGAGCAAGUUGGAGCCAGGCAGCCACCGAGACAGCAUGUCCUCCUCCUCUAGCAUCUCUUCCAGUGACACUGUCAUUGACCUGUCCCUGCCUAACCUGGCCAGGAAGAGCCUCAGCAGCCUUCCCACAGUCAGCAGCACCUGUGAUCCUCACUGGGUCAACUGUCGUCGCUCAGCAUUAGUCUCCUACGAUGCCCUGCGAGUCAGCAAGAGCAAGUCAAUCCCCAAUCUUCAGCAAAGUCAGUGCCCCAGAGAUGAGCUUAAGCCCCGCCCCCUACAACCUGAUGAAGCUUUUGUGGACUCACCCAGCAGACUGACUCACAGGAGGCACACCUGGAGCCGGCUCUACAUGGAAGGGCUUAAGCAAUCAUCAGCCAGCAGACAGUCCUCUGCGGCUACAACCCCAACAGUUACAGCUUCCAUGUCCAAAAGCCUCGGGGAUCUGACCUCUGAUGACAUUUCCUGUAACUUUGACAGUAAGUACCACAGUAUCAGUCGCAGCUUCAUUGUUAAGCCAAACAGGGGCCGACUCCGCAAAGGAAGCCCGCAGAGGUCUCGGCCACCCAGCGACCUCACAGAGCAACUACGGAAGCUGACUGAUGUGGAGCCCCUGACUGCUAGCGACUUUGCCCCAGAAACCAAGCAUACUGAGUCACAGGAAGACUUUGUGGAUGAGUCCCUGGGGCGAAGGACCUCCUCGAGGAGCCAAAGCAGGGUGCGCUACAUUGCAAACAGGGCCAAGAAGGCCCAGGAAAGACAAAGGCUUCAGGGCCUGGUGCAGGGGAGAAGUGCAAGCUUUAGCCUUACUGGUAGCAUUGGGAGUGGAAGCAUUGAAAACCCCAUUGAGGAGCGGGGGAACCCCGAAGGUGCGUGUUGCGUAGUCCAGAGUCCCUGCACCAGCCUGGACCUGCUGAAUCAGCUCACCCCCCUAGGAACCCCCUCACCUACACAGCCCCAGUCCUCCCCAAACCCAGAAAACGGUGAACUCUUUUUCAUGCUCAAACUCUAAGAACUGGCUGACUUGGAACUAAGUGUGAGAGACACAGCCAGAAACUUGUGUUUGCCAUACAGUCAAGCUUUUCUCAAGUAGACUUUUUUUUUUAAGUUGCAUAUCUUGCAGAAAAUCUCACAUAUGGUUUCAAAUUAAUUCUACAUCCUGAGGUUUCGCAAGAUCGAUUUUUAACCUGUCCAUUGAAAAAAACACUGUCUUGAAGCUACUGGACAGCAGUUCUUCUAAAAGCAACUACUACAGCUCUGCCAUCUGUUUGCACCUAAUUUUAGAUAAUUGCCAGAACGUAUUUAGUGAGAGACAUCAGGAGUUUUUUAUAAAAUGAUUUAUGUUGUUGAUCUACUCAUGUUUGAUUUACUUUUUUUCAUGUUACAUGCACAUACAGUAGCAAUAGAUCACAACUAAAGGACAGGAUAUUAAAUGACCCAUUCUGCUUAUCUACUUGAACUGUAAUGGUGUACUUUUUAUCUGAAAAUGAGAAACUUAAUUUCAAUCAUGUAUCAGCCCAUCCAGCUACUAGCAAUAUUUAGAAAAUGAUGGCAUGGUGUCAUAUUAAAGUUUGUUUGAAAAUGUAAUGCUAAAAGCUGAGGCUUGUCUAUUGUCUUUGCUGAAAAAUGUUUUUAAGAGUUUUUACUACAAUGCAGGAUCAAAUGUCUUCAUUUUUAGUAUUCUAAGUGUAGUGGUUACAUUGUAAUUUGAACAACUGCCAAUAUUUUACAAACCUUUUCCGAUAUGUGGCAUGUCACAGCACUGAGAUGAUGUAAUUAAAGCAGUGGUAGACUACUCCAUACCAAGUUUAGCCCUUUUUAAUUGACUGCAUGUAUUGUAUGCACUGUAACGUUUAUCCUAAGGCUGUGCUUUAUUUUACAAAUACUUUUUUUAUAUGAAGAUUUGUUAAUAUUCCAAAAAAAUGUUGGGAUCGGCUGAUGGUGGUCACAAGAGCAUCAUAUCUGAAAGUCUGUUCUCAUUGGUCUGUGGUACUAAUACAAGAUGAAAAUGAUCUGUAUCAAAGCACGUUUAUUUGUCGACCUGCUGUAUUGUUUUGCACUGCCGUGCCAGUUGUUUGUGCAAGAUUUUAGGGACAAUAUAUAAUUCAGACAAUGUGUAAUUAUGACCUGAAUAAAUCUCCAAUUA